CAGCUCAAACCCACCACCCUCCUCCACCACCAUUACCAUUACCACCACCACCACCACCGUCACCACCACUGCCGGUGGCAAGAUCCACCUCUGAAUUUAGUAUCAAAACCAGCCCUAAACACUCUCAUUGCACGACAUAUAUUUAUCUGAGUGUUUGUUUGUUAGAAAACUGUGAUUCCUUGGUGUAAUAUUUUUGGAGGUAUGAGCAUGGGAAACGGUGACUACAAGUACCCGGCGACGGGAGUGGAGUGUGCCCAUCGUGUGGCGGUUCCACCGCCGCAACCCUUCACGAAAUCGCUCAAGACGUCUCUGAAAGAGACCUUCUUCCCCGAUGACCCGCUUCGGCAAUUCAAGAACCAGCCUGCUUCGAGGAAAUUCAUACUGGGACUUCAGUACUUUUUUCCCAUCCUCGAAUGGGGUCCUCGCUACAGCUUCCAGUUCUUGAAGGCCGACCUGAUUUCCGGCAUCACCAUCGCCAGCCUCGCCAUCCCUCAGGGGAUCAGCUACGCCAAACUCGCCAAUCUACCGCCAAUUCUCGGGCUAUAUUCGAGCUUCGUUCCGCCGCUGGUUUAUGCUAUGAUGGGGAGCUCCAGAGACUUGGCGGUGGGGACAGUAGCGGUUGGAUCGCUUCUGAUAGCUUCCAUGCUGGGGAAUGAAGUGAAGGCCAAUGAACAUCCCCAGACUUAUCUUCACCUCGCUUUCCUAGCCACAUUCUUUGCUGGAGUUUUUCAAGUUUCGCUUGGCCUUCUGAGGCUAGGGUUUGUGGUCGAUUUUCUGUCGCAUGCAACCAUAGUGGGGUUCAUGGGAGGAGCUGCAACAGUUGUGUGUCUGCAACAGCUGAAAGGGAUUCUGGGUCUCGACCAUUUCACCCAUGGCACCGAUAUCGUCUCUGUCAUGCGUUCUGUCUUCACCCAAACACACCAGUGGAGAUGGGAAAGUGGAGUGCUUGGAUGUUGUUUCCUUUUCUUCCUCAUGCUUACAAAAUACUUCAGCAAGAGGAGACCCAAGUUCUUUUGGGUAUCAGCAAUGGCACCAUUGACGUCAGUGAUAUUAGGAAGUCUUCUCGUUUAUCUCACCCACGCUGAGAGACACGGUGUCCAAGUGAUUGGAAACUUGAAGAAAGGUCUCAAUCCACCCUCCCUCAGCGACCUACCUUUUGGAUCCCCGUAUCUUUCGACUGCCAUUAAAAUCGGCAUCAUUAUUGGCAUCAUCGCAUUGGCAGAAGGAAUAGCAGUGGGGAGAAGCUUUGCCAUGUUUAAGAACUACCAUAUUGAUGGGAACAAAGAGAUGAUUGCUUUUGGGAUGAUGAACAUUGCCGGUUCUUGCACUUCUUGCUAUCUCACCACUGGGCCUUUUUCGAGAUCAGCAGUGAACUUCAAUGCAGGGUGCAAGACAGCAGUGUCAAACAUUGUGAUGGCAAUGGCAGUGAUGAUCACACUGUUGUUCCUCACACCACUGUUCCAUUACACUCCCCUAGUGGUGCUGUCCUCCAUUAUCAUAGCUGCAAUGCUUGGCCUCAUAGACUAUGAUGCAGCCAUCCAUCUCUGGAAGGUGGACAAAUUCGACUUCAUAGUCUGCAUAGCCGCAUACAUUGGCGUGGUGUUUGGCAGCGUGGAGAUCGGCCUAGUCCUAGCCGUGGCCAUAUCUCUUCUCAGGAUGGUUCUCUUUGUGGCCAGGCCAAGGACUACGGUGCUUGGGAACAUCCCCAACUCCAAGAUAUACAGAAGUGUUGACCAAUACCCAGCUGCAAGCACAGUUCCAGGAGUUCUCAUACUUGAGAUUGAUGCCCCCAUUUACUUCGCCAAUGCAGGCUACUUGAGAGAAAGGAUAUCGAGAUGGAUCGAUGAGGAGGAAGACAAGCUGAAGGCAGCUGGAGAAUCCAGUUUACAGUAUGUUAUACUUGACAUGGGGGCUGUUGGUAACAUCGACACAAGUGGGAUUAGCAUGCUUGAGGAGGUGAAGAAGAGCAUGGAAAGAAGCGGGCUCAAGCUUGUACUAGCGAAUCCAGGAGGGGAAGUGAUGAAGAAGAUGAACAAGUCCAAGUUUAUAGAGGUAUUAGGGCAGGAGUGGAUAUAUCUGACAGUGGGGGAGGCUGUGGGAGCAUGCAACUUCAUGCUUCAUACAUGCAAGCCAAAAGCUAUGACUGAUGAUUCAAGCAUGGUUUGAGUUAAUAGAGAUCAGUGGAGAAGGAGAAACACCCCAAGAAUUUGGAAUAAUAACUUAUCAAAUAUAGCUCAUAAAGUUGUACCAAGUUGGUGAAAGUUGGAGGUUUUUUCUCCUUCCAACUUUAGGGUUUUCAAGUAAUUGUAAUGUAUAUGGAUGUAAUACAGAAGAUCAGUAGAUAUGGAAAGUAGCAUUUUGGGCUUGUGUGGAGAAUGUCACUGGGCUAUGCUUUCCUCAUCCCCAUCUAAAUAAAUUGUAAGUUUUCUAA